UUUUCGCCCAGUGAAAGCACCAAAACAUCUCGAUGAAGCAAUCUACAGUUGCGCUCCUUGGAGUCGGCAUGCUGGGCGGCGCCGCUGCUUUGCCCGCAGGACAGCUUGCCAACGGCCCUCAGGACGCAGCCUCCAUGCAUAACCUCCAGGCGCGCCAAGUUGCCGGGACCAAUGAGCAAGGCAUCGUGCCACCGGUCACCGAUUACGUGUUUGGCUCUCCUCCAGUUAUACCUUAUCCUACUUGGGGCAUGUUUGCUCCGGGAACCGAGUUCAAUGCUGAUGCAUUCGCCGCUGCGUUCCUUGAAGUUGGCGGUCUGCCAUCGUCAACUUCAACUACGGUUUCUGAGGCUUCUGUGACUCCAGCAGCCAGUCCCAUCCCUGCGGUGGCCACUGCUGGAACCUCAAUCUCGACUCCAGCGGCUUCUGCAGCGACCUCUGCUGUUUCAAGGGCUACUCCUGCCUAG